GAUAAGAAAUGAAAAAAAAAUAUUGACAUGUGAUUUUUUUCUCCAGAAUAUUUCUAAAAUUAUAAUUUUAUUGAAAAUUGAAUAAUUUGUCGAAUUAUAAGUGAGAAGAUCGUAUUCUAUUUAAGUUCAGCGAUGUUCCGAGUUCAUAGUGGAUUCUGUACCGAUUGUGGUUCGGUUCUACCGGACGUUGGGAUCACAGAUGUUGUGACUUGUUAUUCUUGCAAGAAGAGAACCGGUGUUGAAAUUUUCAAGGGAAUGGAAUCGAAGUACGUCGUUCAUUUCAACUCAGUCGAGAAUAUGAAUAUCGCUAAGAAGACUAAGAAAAGAGACGAAGGCGAAGCCGAUGGACCGAUUGCUGAAAGAACAUGUAGACGAUGUGGUCACAAUCAAAUGUCAUAUGCAGCUAUGCAACUUCGUUCAGCCGAUGAAGGACAGACUGUGUUUUACACUUGUUUAAAGUGCAAGCAUACGGAAUCAGAAAACUCGUAAAAAAAAAAGCUGGCGUUAUGGCAUCUUAUUGUGAUAUUAAUGUUAAGCUUAUCGUUAAAUUUUUAUGAACGUGUUUCAUUGUUUCAUAGUGUUUUGCAUUUCAUCGAGAUGAGUUUCGAAUUCGAUGUGUUUCUUGUUUGAUUAGUGUGGAAUUUCAUCGCUAUAGUUUCGAUUAUUUAUUCAAAAAAAAAGGUAAUUUAUUGAGUUUUGUUUACUUUGUGUAAAAAGCGUUUAACAUUUCAAUGUCAUUCGAAAUGCACUUGUAUUGUAACAUUAUGUUUAUGCAAUGUUUUAAUUUUUUGUUAAUCGAAGCUGGUGAAAUUCCACGAUGCAAUAUUUCAUAUUUUGAUUUUCAAUGCUUGUGAAGUGAGAAACCUUAAUCGAAGGUCACGAGAGAAAUUCGGACAUUUAUCUUCUUCACUAUUUUGUUAGUUGAGAAAAUUAUUACGAUUACCUUUUUUUUUUCUUUCAUUUCGUUCUAUUUAAUGUUUUUAUGCAAUUUCUUACCCAUAAUUGGAAAAAUUUUUGAGCAUCUAUUUUUUGAACGAAGUGUAGAGAUUUUUAAUAAAUAUCUCUCAAACCACCGUA